GGCCCGAACCGCUGCACUCUCGUGACAUCAUGGUGGCUUACUGGCACCAGGCCGGACUUAGCUACAUCCGAUACUCCCAGAUCUGUACAAAAGCAGUGAGAGAUGCACUGAAGACAGAAUUCAAAGCAAGUGCCGAGAAGACUUCUGGCAGCAGCAUAAAAAUUGUGAAAGUGAAAAAGGCAUGAUCUACUCUGCUUGAAAUGCCACAUUUCCAAGGUGAAGAUGUGUGGGCUCAUGUUAUGGCAAAUUGAAAACGAUCUCACUUCAUGGAAAAAAAAAUACUGUCUUGUUCAUAAAUUGACAAUGCCAAUAAAAUGAAGUAUGGUUCACUCUUAA